ACUUAUGUAUGUGUUGUUUCAGGCUUGCUGGUGUUGCAUGAAGGGGUUGCAUGAGGGUAAAGCAAUGAGUCACCAUAGCUGCUACCCUAUACUCACUCCACUAUUGCUGUUGCUGCUGUUGCAUGACAAUGUGUUGACAACCACCACUACUGCAGGUGUGGUGGAGCAGGGAAGAUCUGCUGUGUUCAUGCAGCAGGUAGAGGUGAUGGUGGAUGGGGUAACAACUUACAAUGGCUCAGCCGUUGUGGAAGUCAGCAGGUACCUGGCCGACACCCUCCUGAUUCUCACUACCAGAGAUACAGACAACACUGCACUACCUCUUGUAUCAGGUCAUGGGUCAGGGCGAGCAUUAGUAGUGAAGAGUGUUGGGGGACGCAUCACUACACUUCUACACCAUGCUGAUGAGACCACUGCUUCGCUUAACUACAAAAGAUCACUGGCUUCUCUCCUCACACCUGCCCACCACACUUCCAGCCUCACCUACCAUAUACAGGCUGACGUACUUGGGACAUGUGAGGUUCAUUAUGAAAAUCGGGAAUCUACAACAGUGACGUGGCGUGACUUGACCCGUUGCUCACACUUUUCAUUGGAGCGGGCUCUUGGUGGCCACCACCUUCCCUUUAUUCACCUGAUUGUUGACCUGGUAGGUAGCAGCUCCCAUUGCAAGUACCGGUGGCGGAACAUGGCAGGGGAUGUGCUGGAGGGUGUUCAGUGCAUGGAGACACUAUUGGUGGCACCUAGAUACACAAGCCCUUCUAAUGUUCUCAACAUCACCCUUGCUAUGUCCCUCACACACACUGCCACUGCAGCAUUCAACCCUGCUGCUUAUGAAUACCUACAAGAAGCCACUGAAACAACAGACUUGCUGUACCAGCCAUUGUCGUACCAGGCAGAAGGUGAGGAUGAGGACGUGAUAAAAUUAAUGAAAGAGGUUUGCUCAAUAGAGGGUGAUGGGCGUCUCACAGGCGGCCUCUUGCAAAAAAUGUCACAAGUGAUGAAGGUCCUGUCUCGCACCACCACUGAGCUGCCUCUUCUCAUUACAACCUGCUCCACUAAUGUAAGAAGGAUGGUAGCCUUGAUGUCGGCCAUCGUGGCUGGGCCUCGCUCACUACAUUUUUUCGUCGCCCAGUUGGCAGAGUUGUCGCGGUACCCUGAUGCUCCUGUUAGUAUGGGCGAGGAUUUUCUCUUCACUUUUGCACUGCGGAGUUUGGUGAGCCGCAACCAUCACAGCAACUUUCAUUUGUUUGAUGACUUCUUCCUUCGACGGGAGAACCAGAUGGUCUAUGAGGAGCUGGUCGACUUCUUACUGCAGCAGAAUCCCCCAGCUGUGGCAGGUGUGGCUGCACUUCUGGAGGGGCUGAAGGAUGUGGCACCUCAGCUGUUUGAACGUCUCCUGCAGAAGAGUGGUCCUCACCUCUCCCCUGAAGCCUCCUGUGAAAAUGGAGACCAUGCAGAGGCAGUGCGACUUUUGAGGAGUGUGUGUGGGCUGAGUGUUCGUCCUGUGGGAUACGUCGCCUCACUCAGACCCUGCUUUGCCAACGACAAUGUGGAUGUGGUGGUUGCUGCCAUGGACACCUUGGCUACAGUUGAUUGUAGCAUACAGGGUGUCACAGAGCUACAGAAGUUGGGAUUGGAAAGUCCUUCAGACCCUGAGAUUCGUAUUGCUGCUUACCGAGGCCUGAUUCACUGUAUUCCUUUACGCCCGCAUCUCCUCCAGACUGUCACCAAGGCUCUUGACCCCAAAGAUGACAACUAUUCUACUCAAGUUGCUUCUUAUGUGUGGAGUCACGUCCAGUCUGUGAUUUCAUCAGACAAUCCUAGUCUAUUAACUUUGCGUGAACUACUGGCCACCACUGAUAUUGGGUCUGAGGUACCAGACCCAGUGUGGUAUGAUCCACGUCAGCACUCACGGCACCUCUUCCAGACAAUCCACUUGGAUAUCCAUACAGCCAUCAGCCUGACUGGGGACCUAGUGUGGGGCAGGUACUCACCUGCUCCAAGGGCAUUCUACUUCAAUGUUGCCCUGCAUCACAAUGGAGACACACAUGAGCUGGCACAGAUAGUGGUGCGAGUGACAGGGAUGGAGGCAAUGUUGCUAAGCAUUCCAGGAGUAGAGAGCUUCUUGCAGGCAUCGACCACCACAGCUACUCACCUGUGGUCAACCUUCUCACAGUUCAUAAACAACUCUGAAAGAAGUAAGAGAGAGAUCAUGCCAGAACAAAUUGCAGAUUUCAUUCAGCAGGUCAUGUCAAGGAUACCAGCAGAAUACAGAACAGGGUCAUCAAGUUUGGAGGUAUCAUUGCACCUCUUGGGUACUCUAGCCUUCCACACACGUCUGGCUGAUAUUCGCUAUUCCUCCCUCAUAGAUGACUUUGCAAGGAUGCUACAGGAACCUAUACAUGCUGCA